UCGGCGGGAAAAUCGUCGAGUUUUACUAUUCCUUCCUUAAUUUUCCCUCAAAAUUAUCAAAAUCCCCAAAUUCUCUCUGCCGUUAGGGUUUUCAAUUUUGGUUUUCUUCCUUCACUUGUUCUUCUUUCGCUUCUACUUUUUCAUUCGUGGAUAAUUGUGAAAUCAACAUGAGGAGGACGGUGAAGCGAGAAUCGAGAGCAACCGGCGAAGGCAGUGGGAUGAGAGAUGUCGACGAGUCGGAGCGGCCAAGGUCUGUGAAGAAGGAGAAGGAGAAGCAGAAUAAGAGCGUAGCUGGUUCUCCACAGCCCAAUGAGCCGCCGACUCAGGAGGAAGAACAGGGAAUUUCUGAUCGGAGAAUUCUCAGAUCUCAGUAUCUCGCUCUAAUUAACAAAAUCAGCGAUUCCAAAGAUGAUUUGACGAGGGCUGAUUCCGACAAAUUCUCCCGAAUUUUUAGUGAAUUUGAGAACCUGCACCAGAAAGUUCAAAAGCCUAGGGAGCAAAUUGCAGACGCGGAGGCGUUUCUCGAUAUAGCAAACACCAUAAUGUCGUCGGUGAAGUCUCAGUCUGCUAGUGGGGUUUCUCCGGCUGAGUUUGUUAAUGCUUUGGUCAAUGGGUUUGGUCAGGCUUCUUUAGGGAUCGACGCUGAUGAAACUGCGCCAGUAUCUCUCAAAUGGAAGGAUCUUGGGUUAGCUGUAUGCUCUACAGUUUUGGUAUCAUGUGGUUGUUCCACUAUGUUGGGACCUAUGGACACUGAACUGAAGGAAAGGAAAAGGACAGUUCACAGAAAACGUACAAAGCCUGGUGAAGGCGUUCGUCCAGAGGAGGUAGAUGAUACAGAGUCAGAAGAGAAAACAGAUACAGACAAGAACAUGGCGAUAAUGUUUAACAUCUUACGGCAAAAGAAGCGCGUGAGGCUUGAGAAUCUGGUGCUCAACAGGAGAUCAUUUGCACAGACCGUAGAGAAUUUGUUCGCUAUGUCUUUCUUGGCCAAAGACGGACGAGUAGAGAUCAUUGUCGAUAAGAGUGGUUCUCAUUUUUCAUUGCCGAGAAACGCACCCGCUGCAAACGUGGUGAUGUCGGGGGAAGUCGUUUAUAACCAUUUUGUGUUUAGAUUCGAUUUCAAAGAUUGGAAGCUGAUGUCUGAAAUGGUGCCAAUGGGCGAAGAGCUAAUGCCACACAGAGAAACUGCAAUCGCUUCAUCUUCUUGUCCCUCUGCAACAGCAGACUUCACACAAGAUUCACAGACAACGCCGAUAAGAAAACUAUCGAGAAACCGAGGUUUAGUUGUUCAAGAAGAAACCAUUGUAGAAGAUUCUCCUGACGUCGAGGGCGAUGUAACUCGAAGGAGAUGCAAGCGGAGACUUACUUGAGAAGAUGAGUCUCCUCAUUGUACGGAGUAUAUAGAGUGGAGUUUUAAAAAAAAACUCCUGCUACUGUUUGAUUUUGUGACAUUUAACUUAAUGUCUUAUUUAGGUUUGUUUUUGUUCAUUGUAGCCAGGUUUUAGCAUUUAAGUGGCUUUGUCUCAACUCUUAAGGCUUCUUCUUUAAUCUAAACAAGAGAGACAUUUAAUCUAAUUAAUGUUAGAAAUGAUAUGAAAACCAAAACAGUUUGUAAAUCAAA